AUGGCGGCCCCGCUCUCCUUCAGCUCCCCUCAGCGCCCGCCCGCCACCGCGCAUGCGCCGCCGGCAGGGAGGGCGGGAAGGGGAAGGGAGAAACGACGUCGGGCCCGGCCGGGCUGGGCCGGGCCGCCAUGGAGGCGGGCGGGCGGGCGCUACAGCGGGGGCACCGUGCGCGGCAGGAUGGAGGGACAGGGCUCCUACACGCUGCCGACGGGCACCGAGUACCGGGGAGCGCUGCGGGACGGGAUGUUUGAGGGAGAGGGAGAGCUGAUCUUCCCCAACGGCGGCAGAUACCGGGCGGUCUGGCACCGCGGGGUGCCCGUGCAGGGGAAAUACACUUUUGCAGAUGGUCUCCAAUACAAAGAUAAAAAAUGGCAUUACUGUGAUGGCUACGACAGAAGAUUUUAUACAGAAAUCUGUUCUGGUCUUAAACCACCAGGCACUUCUCAGCUUACAAAUCUGGAUCCUCCCAAAAAAAUCCCGGAAGGUUGUUACGACUGUGGUGAUGGAUUCUAUAAUCCUGAAACCAGAGUUAUUGUUGACUACAAACUCAGGUUUCUGAGAAACGCAGAUGAUGAUGAGCAUGAAUGGAUCAUUCGGACCUGCCGGAAAGCUUGGGAUGAAACAAUUGAACAUAAACCGAAACCAUGAAAACAGUUUUUGCUAGAUGAUAAUAUCCCAAAGCAGACAGGAGAUGAAUGCAAAUGACCUGAGAUAAGGUUUGGUUCAGUGGCAACAGUCAGUGUGAAAUAUGUUGUGAAACAAUGUAUUGAAUAAAUUAGAGGAUUUCUUA